GUCGCUUCAGGCAGCGUGCAUGUAGUUAUCCCAGCUCGGUCUUUUCUGAGAGGUGUAAUGGGAGCUAGGGAAAGUUGACCAAGAUUACAAGGCCCUUUGGAUAUUAAAUGGAGAAAAGUGAUAUCUUGUUUGGAGUUUUGGGUAAAACAAGGUGGAAGAUGUAUAAAUUGCCAUGUUUUUUUUAAUCAAAAUUUUAUAACAUAACAUAAUGGGUUUUUUUCGGUUUGAAUCAUCUUUUUGCAUUUGAAUUGAUAUAAACUUGGCCACUGUCAAUCUUGGUCACUUUUAGAAGAGAAAAAAAAGGAGGGUGAGAGAAAUGGCGAGAUAGGUGUAUAAUGACCAGCAACUCUUUUUGUAGGUGAUCAGAGGUAAGCUCUAAGAAUGAUCAUCAGGGGGUCCCCAGUGUUAAGUUUGUAAAGCAAAAAGAGGAUGAUGCAAAUAUUUAAGACCAAACAAGAGGAACAGACAUCCUCAUGAACUGAAAAACAGUUUAUAGAACUGUUGUAGAGUGUGUGUGUAAACAUGUGCAAAAACAUGCAGAUGUUUAUGUCUUGAGAUACUAAGAACUGCCAUAUUGUUGCUAAUAGUAAACAUUGUCUCCAAAAAUUUAUUAUUUUCCUCCGCAUAGAACUUUCCAGAAAUACUUCCGUAAUAAAGAUGUACGUCAUAAGUAUUAAGUAAGAAUGGGCUAGGUUUCUCUAGAAAUGUAACAGUGGGGGAUGUUAGGUGAACUUUUACACUAUCUUGUGUCCCAUCGCUUAUGCUGAUCCACUGGCUGUCAUUUCUCUUGGGGAAGAACCAAAAAGGUACUGGCUAGAGUCCCAUGUUUAAUCAAGUGUGUAGGCUCCAAGAACAAGGAUAGAAUGAGGAUGCCAUGAUAACUCAUGGGCAUGGAAAAGGAGGGGUGCCAGUGGGUGUGUGUGAAGUGACACAAUGCUAAGUAGAAUGGACAACAGACUUAUUUACAGUUGUGGAUCAAACCACUUAUAUCUAGUAUACAUUCAUAUGCUCUUAAUGAUUAAAACCGAUAUCUAGAUAUUUAUACAUACAGUUAAACUUCGAUAUCUCGAACACUGAUAUCUCAAAUACAAUGGAUAUGUCAAAGUGAUUUGUAAGUCCCAACCACUUAUUUUUUAAGUAUUCCACCCUUGAUAUCUCGAAUAAUCGGAUGUCUCAAAUUAUUUAAACACUCCCAUCUAGUUCAAGAUAGCGAAGUUUGACUGUAUAUGACAAAAAAUAAGCUACACAAUGAUAAAUUUUCAGAAAUUUAAAGUAAUAUUUUUUGUCAUCUUAUUUUGAAAUGCACUGGGCUAUUGAUAAGCACAUCUGUUUUUGACAAUAUGGGACUUUCCUGGGUUGCCUUUUUGAAAAUUUUCAAUUUUCCAAUUUGGGCAAAGUUGAAUAUUUUUGUAGCAUGCAGGCCAUCUGUUUUGUGACAAAUGCAUUGUGGGCUGUAAAAUUACACCCUGAUGUGGUGCAUUAAGUCCCAGAGAUUUAAUCAAUAAUCACACAGAAUAAAAAUGAGUUUUGGAGCAUGGCUCGGUACAGUUUCCUGAGAGUUUGUGACCAGGUUUCAUGGCUUUCCAACACUCCAUUGAUUUCCAAUUGUGUAGUGUAGAAGAUGAAGUGAUAGGAUCUUGCUUGCUCUAAUGAAAAUAAUUGAACUGCAGUUAAAUUUCUUUGAGCUGUGGAGAGGUGUGUAAGUGUGUGUCUUGGGAAGUGUUGAUGCUGCUGUCACCCUCGGUCCUAGCGGUGUAUUGAAUUGAUCAGGAGUCAAUACUCUGUUGGUGUACAGAUGGCCAAGAAAUGAAAAGCCUUGUCAUUGACUUUUGCAAACAGUCCACAAUGGCAAUUUCAAGUGUAAGGAGAGCUCCAUACGGGCUUCAUGAAUUAUGUGUCGUAGGAGUAAUGCCUCAUCAGUGUACAGUAAUAAUUAGGGACUGGUCAUUGAAUCCAAUGUAGGAUGCAACCAGAAAAGAAAACAAUGGGUUAAUAUCUCCGGCAAGAUUUACAGUUAUCUGUGCGGAUCAUCAUGAGUGGUGCAGCAAUAGCUUAUGCUUAUCUAUUGUGGGGCUAGCUGAAGGGAUUAACUUAUCUUACACCCAUAGUGCAAGUGUAGAACUGACCACCCAAUGGGAGGGUAUUUGUAGUCUGUAUGGGUGUCUGGCCCCUGUCGGUGACCAUCUGGUGCCUUACAUCAGCUGUUGGUUAGUAGCGGCCUCUCCCCCCACUGUGAACCUCACUGUUAGUAAGUCUGAGUGUACGUACAGCAACUAUUAAUAGCAUGAGAUUUUUGGAGAAGCUAGAAGGUGCUCUUGUGUAGGAAAUGUGAUACUGGCUUAUAUUCUGAGUAGCAGCCAGAACAUAGGAGAAGAGAGGGCGCCAUCUUGUUGUCUGUAGGCCUCUCUUUCCACUUUUUUUGUUUCGAGGGAUAUUUUCUGAGGAUUUUUUGGACUGGAGUGGACUUCACAUGGUUCAAGUUGAAGAACUCUCACUAGUGACUUUUACUACAGUGUGUUUGGGAUAAUUUGACUAAUUAUGGAAGGGAAUCCAUCAGCCAUGUAGUGGAAAAUUACCAGCAUAAAAACUCUCCUAUAUAUUCUUUUGUAUAUAUUUUGUUUUAGGAUAUAUUUCAUUGUAGUCAUUUUUUUUUAGAGAACCUUUGAAGUUGCUUACAAAGUAAUAUAUUUUUAGAUAAUAUUUAUUUCAUUGCUCACAUAGAAAAAGACCUUAUCUAAAACAAUUUAGAUUUAACUAAAUUUAUCUGCGAAAAAAAAGAAGGAAAAUUAAUUUGAAAGUUUAAAUCAAAUUGAAAUUGUCAUAGAACGAAGUUCAAGUUAUUAGGACCAGACCAGUGACUAUUGAAGUAGUGGAUCAGCAUCUUAUUGUGUAUUGAGACUAUGAGAGUGGACUAUUUACAGUCUAAGAAUUAUAACCCCGUAGGAGAAUGGAGAAUGCCCACCUCCGGCAUUACUUCUAAUUAUAUUCCUUCCUCUAGCACCACUGCCUCCAGAUAUGGCCUCGGAGCCUACCGCAGUGGUGCUUUAAGUGGUAGUAGUCAUAGCAAUGGCCUCAGUGAAUCCUGGUCCAACUCGGACCUACAUGAGAGCAGCGAACAGGGACCGAGUAUUGUGGACGAUGCAGAUGGACAUCUCAUAUAUCACCCAGGAGAUAUUCUGCAAGCUAGAUAUGAAGUUGUUUCCACCCUAGGAGAAGGCACAUUUGGCAAAGUCAUUGAAGUCAAAGAUGUCCAGAAGGGAGAUGAAAAAUUGGCAUUAAAAAUCAUCAAAAACAUAGAAAAAUACAGAGAAGCUGCCAAACUGGAAAUAAAUGUUCUCGAGAAAAUCAAAGAAAAGGACCCAGAUGGGCAGUUCCUAUGUGUUCAGAUGAAGGAGUGGUUUGACUACCAUGGACAUAUGUGUAUAGCAUUUGACAUGCUUGGUCUCAGUGUUUUUGACUUCCUGAAAGACAACCAUUACCUCCCCUACACAAUUGAUCAAGUGAGACACAUAUCAUACCAGCUGUGUUAUGCAGUCAACUUUCUGCAUGAAAACAAGCUGACACACACUGACCUGAAACCAGAAAAUAUCUUGUUUGUUAAUUCCGAUUAUGAAGUCUCGUACAACCCAAGGAAGGUAACGUGUGAAGAAUUAGGGAUUAAAACGAAACGAGAUGAGCGCAAUAUCAAAAACACAGAUAUCCGACUGAUAGACUUUGGUUCGGCCACGUUUGAUCAUGAACACCACAGUACUAUUGUCUCAACCCGCCACUACAGAGCUCCAGAGGUCAUAUUAGAGAUGGGAUGGGCCCAGCCCUGUGAUGUGUGGUCCAUUGGCUGUAUCAUGUUUGAACUCUAUACAGGCUUUACAUUAUUCCAGACGCAUGACAACAAGGAACAUUUAGCAAUGAUGGAGAGAAUUCUGGGCACUUUGCCAUACAGAAUGAUCAAGAAAACCAAAACAAAUUUUUUCUGGCAUGGGCGCCUUGAUUGGGACCCCACCUCCUCUGCAGGCCGCUAUGUACGGGAAAACUGCAGGCCGCUCUAUCACUAUCUACGCGACAAGGGCGCAGAACACCGUCAGUGCCUAGAACUUGUUGAAAUGAUGUUGGACUAUUUACCCAAUGAACGCAUCACAUUGAAAGAGGCCAUGAAGCAUCAGUUCUUUCGUCCCAUUCACAAGCAGUACCCGGGUCGUUAUCCUUCCAUCGAUGAGUUUCGUUCUGCAUCUGCAGAAAAAGUUCCGGAGAACGAGGAUGAGAAGGAUGGGAUAUGUCGGAGCAAAAGUCGGAGUAAGGAGCAGGAAAAGAUGGAGCUUGAUAGCAUUCCUGAGAAAUCUGAGAAAGUAACAACAGACUUGAAAAUACCAGAUGUGAUUGUAGAAAGGCCAGAAAAAACUUUGUUUGAAAUGUUUCCAGGGGCAAAGAAGAUCUUUGCUAAAAAGACUCCAAAUGAGGCUCCCAGUGAAACGGAAGUGAAAGUACCAGAGGAAAAGGCAGACUCUGAGCAGGCCCUAAAGGUGCUUGAAGAACAAGAUUCUGUGGCUAGCUCAGAGACUGAUUCAGAUAGGGUUUCAAAAGCCAGUGACAAAGAUACUUUGGCAGUUGAUGACAAUGAAGAAACUGGUACAGAAACUAAACCAGAACGCAAAAGGAGAAGCAGAAAGCCUUCCCCAGAAACUCCAAUGCUUGAUGUGGAGGGAUCAGAAAUUGUGCAGGAAGCUCGAAAAGCCAGGCGAGCAAGAAGAGCAGAAAGGGAAGCCAAGCUUGCUGCUGAGAUGGCUGAACAAAUGGAUGCAGUGGAGGCUCGAAGGGCAAGGCGAGCAAGAAGAGGUGGCAUGGCUGAUCAGGUGUCUGAAGAAAGCACAGAGUCUGACCAUUCAGCUGUACGACAGGGGCGUAGAUUGAAGAGGACUGAAGCUGUUAAUGAUGACACUUAUGACCCUGAAAAGCCAGAUGAUAAACCAGACCUCAUCAGUGAAAAGGCAAGCAAAAAUAUUGAUAAUGAAGAAAGCCUGAAGCUUCCAACAGAAGAUUCAAGUAAUCCAGAUGAAGACCUGUACACAAGACUAGCUCGUAAAGCCCUUAAAGCUGAAUUGGAGAAAAGUAUACCAGAAGGAGCAGUUAGAAAAGAUUCCUUGCCAUCUUCCAAACCUCCAACAGGGACAGAGCUUAACAAAGAGGACUCUCCAUCGACACGUAGACGUGCACGGCUGAAAGAAAUUGAACGAGAGGUAGCAGAGGAAGAAGCCAGAGAGGAAGCUGAGAGGCGAGCUCGAAGGAACUCACGCCAAGAUGGACCAGAUCCAACAAAACCAAAGCCAGAGCCUAGCAUGAGGAGUAUAUUUGAUUUUUUCAAAAAAUCUACUCCAGAUACUGUCUUAAAGAUUUAUCCAGAUCUUUCAUCUCAAGCGAAAAAAUCCGCAUCACCAUUAGUAGAUCAAGGUGAGAUAAACACGCUCGACAAUUCUGCUUCAGAAACGUGUGACAAUAGACCUAGUUCCCUUGUAGAUGUAGUUGCCCCUAGUGAAACAGCUUUAUUGCAGGAAGGAGAUAGUAGCAUUCCAUUGAAGGAGGAAUGUGCCACAGAUAUUCCUUCACAGGAAACCAGUGUGGCUGAUAUCAUGGUCACCCCACCUACUCCAAAUGUGGAACAAAAGACCCUGAUAUUGGCUGAUCCUGGAAAUGAUAAGGAAGAACAGGAUUUACAGGAGAGUGGAGAACAGAAUGAAAUUUCUGCUGAUGCUAAAAGUGAUGUGCCUUCAGAGGAAAAUAAGGAAGUUGAAAAUUCUCAAUCGAAAGCAAAUGAAAAUGAUGUAGAAAUGAUGGAAGAUGUGAAGAAGUCAGAGGAAAUGGUCUCUGAAUCUCUUGAGGCAGAAACUGAAUCCGUUCUUAAGGAGGUAAAUGAUCAGAGUUUUGGGGAAGUUCCUGAAGCUCAGUCUGCAGGGAAAGAGGCAGAGAACGUCCCAGAUGAAUCGGACGAAUUCAAGUCUGCAUCAGAGAGUAUUUCGCCUGAUGUCACUUCACCACGAAAUGAAAAGCCAAAAGCACCCUUGAAACCUUGUGACUAUUCCAUGAUUGUAGAGCCAGGUCCAUGUCAGAUUUAUCUAGAACCUGAACCUCCAGAGAGCAUGGAUCAGGCUGCAGCCACUGGUGAACACUCACCUGGGGCAGCCAAAGGUGACAAGAAAAAGAGGAGGAGAAGACCUAAAAAGAAAAAGAGUUCUGACAAAAUGGUCACCGGUGGUAAUAGUGGUGGUGGUGAUGGCGAGGAGGAGACCUGUUGUUUUUUAGGGAAACCCGGCCUAGAUUCACCACUAAACCCUCCGACAGAGCCCUCGAGUGGCAAGGGCUCUGAUCAGACGGUUGAGUGUUUCUCUCAAAUACCUCCCAGCGACAUGUGUCCUGGGAAGGACUCGAGUCUAGGCCGGGAUUCCGGCUGCUUAGAUCCAACAAAUAAUUCCAGUGCUGAAGCCAGUAGCGAUCAAAGCCAGGGCGACAAUAAAUUUGUGAUUAGGGGAGUCAAUUCCUUAUGUGUUCCCAUGCAGUCUCAGCUUGACGUCGGAGGAGACAAGAGGAACAGGUGA